UGAGGACUUUCACGACUAGGUUACCAAGUUGGGCCUGAGAGAAAAUGCACAUUGUGGCUUGUGUAUCACCCUGGAUUCUUUUGCGUGGCAGGUGUGAUUGAAGAGCUAGCGCCAUGGCCUUGGUGCCCUAUGACACCGCAGGAGUGGGGCUCCAGAAAUUCCACAAGCCGCUCACCACCUUCUCCUUCGCAAACCACACGAUCCAGAUCCGACAGGACUGGAGGCACCUGGGGGUCGCAGCAGUGGUAUGGGAUGCGGCUGUCGUACUUUCCACGUAUCUGGAGAUGGGAGCGGUGGAGCUCCGGGGCUGCUCGGCUGUGGAGUUGGGAGCUGGCACCGGGCUGGUGGGCAUAGUGGCUGCCCUGCUGGGUGCUCAAGUGACUAUCACAGAUCGAAAAGUAGCCUUAGAGUUUCUGAAGGCAAACGUUGAAGCCAACUUACCUCCCCACGUCCAGCCCAAGGCUGUUGUGAAGGAGCUGACUUGGGGACAGAACUUGGCGAGUUUUUCGCCUGGAGAGUUCGACCUGAUACUUGGAGCCGACAUCAUCUACUUAGAAGAAACAUUCACAGACCUUCUUCAAACCCUGGACCACCUCUGCAGUGAGCGCAGCGUGAUCCUGCUCGCCUGCCGGAUUCGCUACGAACGUGACAGCCGCUUCUUAGCGAUGCUGCAACGGCAGUUUUCUGUGAGUCAGGUUCACUAUGAUCCUGAAAAAGACGUUCAUAUUUACAAAGCACAGAAGAGCAGCCAGAAGGAGGAGUUAUAGUUGGUUGCAACUUGCAAGCGUAGCAGCAUUGUGAAUGUCCACCAAAGGCCCACCCUGGAAUUGCAGCCAUAACCUGGGACCACCUUGUACGGAAAGGUUAGAAGAUUGAAAGCCACGCAGCGCCUCAUCCCACCAUGAUGUCUUCUCAUAGUUCAUGCCCUCGGAACCUUCGUGAACAUUAAAGGAGAGGAUGAGCCUUUGUAUUCUGUGGUUUCUGUAUCCGGGGCUUCUCCCUCUUGUCAGUUUCACUGUUGACAUCAUGACAGUCUGCUCCAGAAAUUUUUAGAACUUGCUUUGGUGAGGACAAGUCUGGUCAGUUGUAAACAUUCUAAGAAAUAGAGGAUUUAGUCCAGAUUUUGAAUUCUCUGAAAAGAAGAGUUUUUUUUUUUAAUGAAAGAUUUAU